AUGCCUUUGCAUCUGGCUCUGAGAUUCUCCCGAAUUCUAACCAGGUGGUACUUAGGCCAUAUAAGUCGCAUUGAAGCUGAGAAGAACCUGCUACAGCCUGGUGUCCAGCGAGGAAUGUUCAUUGUCAGGGACAGUGAGAGCAACCCAGGUGCUUUCUCAAUAUCGAUUAUUGACCACGACUCCGAUAGAGGCAACAAUGUGAAACACUACGAGAUCGAAAAGCGUGACGAUGAUGAGACUGGAUCAUUCUACAUACACGAACGCGCCUCGUUCCCUACACUCGCUAAGCUUAUCAAGCAUCACCAACUCUUAUAUUUUUUUAAAGGUAUUUGGAAAGAAAAGACCACAGCGGCCAUUAAGACCCUGAAGAUGGGGACUAGUCCAUCCGAAUUCCUUUCAGAAGCUAACAUCAUGAAGAACCUGCGCCAUCUAAACCUCUGUCAACUGUGUGGUAUUUGUUCCGACAAGGAAUCCAUCUACAUUGUCAUGGAGUGGAUGUGCAACGGCAGUCUGUUGAAUUACCUUAAAGAUGGCGAAGGACGCAACCUGGAGUUGCCCGGACUUGUUGACAUUGGAGCUCAGAUUGCUUCUGGCAUGGCCUACUUGGAGUCCAUGAACUACAUCCACCGUCAAUUGGCUGCAAGGAAUGUACUUAUUGGAGACGCCAACAUCGUCAAGGUGGCUGAUUUUCGGCUGGCAAAGAGGAGUGGUUCAAGAUCAACACAAUGCAAUAGAGCCAAGGCGCAGUCCUGUAUUGAUCUUAUACCAAAGUUGAGCAUGUCUUGCAUUUCUGUGUCACGUGCAGACGUUUCGAUCCUACGCAAAUGGACAGCCCCCGAGGUUCUCAUGCACAAAGGCUUCAGCAUUAAAUCCGAUGUCUGGUCAUUUGGUAUUUUGCUGACAGAGUUGGUCACACAUGGACAGACUCCAUAUUUAGGUAUGACGAACGAGCAGGCUGAGCGUCUGGUUGGGCAAGGCUAUCGCAUGCCCAAGAUGGCCAACUGCCCAGACGCCCUGUACGUACUUAUGCUCAUGUGUUGGGACAAUGAUUCCGCUGCGAGACCCACAUUUGAGUUCCUGUAUUCCUACUUGGAUAACUACUCCAGCGCAGAAGAACCUGAAUACAAGGAAGCAGAAUGAAGACGGUGGUUUGUACAGUAGCCUGUCAACUGCAAUACUUCUUAUAGGGAAUCUAGCAGUUGAAGAUAUCCACCGAGGUCAUGGACACAGACCACAGUAUAAACAGAGCAUAAGUGUUUAUUGGUCCAGACUAAUUCCACAUACAUACCUGGUAUUGUUGGUUACUCCGUACGUUGAAAUAAGAAGUCCAUUUUUAAAUCAGUUAUUUCCAUUCAGUGCGGACUGUUGCACAUCCAUAAAAAAAAAAUUCGAUAUGGAUGUUUAUAGUUUUCUUAUGUACCAUAAUUACUAUGCAUAUGCAUGUAGUUUCUUUUUUUUAAUGCAUUUUCAUGCGAAACAUCAUUAUAUACAUUGUACAUAUACUACAUUGUAUGUUUGGAUUAUUUCACGAUAGUUCCAAAUCCUUGAUACCGAGAUUUUCCUUCCAAUUAUUUAUUCAUUUUGUACUCUUAUAUAAUGUUUGCAUUGCUGCUUUGUAUUUUUUCUAUGCAUUUUCAUCUUUUUUAUGGUAGCUCCUUCUCUCUAUUAAUCACUGCUCUUCCAAUUAUUCAUUCAUUUUGUACUUUCAUAAUCAUUUUGUACUUUUAUAUAUUUUUGCAUUCCUACUUCCUACUUUGCAUUUUUUUAAAUUGCCGUCAGCUUUCAUCGUGUCACGUUUGUCUUGUCCGUCUUGUCCGUAUUUCGUUAUGCUGUUCUUAUUGUGCCCCGGCUUACUUUAACAGCCCCCUACUCCUUAUUUUCUCUUGUACAUAAACCAAAGUUAGUUUUUCAUUUGUUCAAAGCGUAUUUUACUUUUGUUAUAUUUUUUGUGAUUUAUCAAAUUUGUUAUCGUGCUAUUUUUAAUUUCUCUAAAGGAGUAUGAUAUAAAUGUCUUGAAUUGAAAACACGGGGACACCAAUGCCAAAAGUGUCGUCCAUACGGCUCAACUGUCUGAGGCAUACAUGUACACGUAGUCAUACGAGGCUUUUAAGCACUUUAUAAAUGCAUUGCUGUAUAAAUAUGUACUGAUGGCUGCUUUACCUUUAUUUACAAACAAAAUUGACUUUUCUUUGUGUGACAAUAAUAUAUCAUUUUACAAAUAAAAAGCAAUCACAUUUUGUUUGGGUUGUAAUUCGAAUCAUUCUGUUCAAUGCAUACCAGGAAUUUUAAUUAUACACACAAGAUUGCAUACAUUUGAUCAAAUGUAAUCGAUCAAAAAUAAAGAAGACGGUUAAAUAA